AAAAGAUGGUCCUUGCUGAUUUUGUUGAAGAAAAGCAAAAAGCAGAUUUUAGCAAUCCCAUUUUUCAUGAGCUUGCAGUUUUGAAUGGAGAAAUCAACAGACUUGAUUCUGAACAAUUGGAAGACGCUCUUAAAGCUUUUAGCCUCAGCUGCAGUGGAUGUUUUGGAGUGAAACAGAAGCGCCUCAAAAGUUAUGUCCGAGACAAGAAACAGGAAAUAGCAGGGCUCAACAAACGUUCUCCCGGGCGUCUGCGACCUCUAGAUUACCUAAUUUUUAUUGACUUUGAAGCAACCUGCAUGGAAGAAAACCCACCAGGCUUUGUGCACGAAAUUAUUGAAUUUCCUAUCAUUUUGUUUGACUGUGCGGAAAGGAAGACUGUUGACGUUUUUCAUCAGUUCGUUAGACCUAAACUCAAUCCUGUGUUAGACGAGUUUUGUAUGAAAUUGACCGGGAUCACUCAAGAGCAAGUAGAGCAGGCUGACAGCUUUGUCACAGUGUUUGAAAAAGCGCACGAGUGGAUGAGUAAUCAAGGAUUGUUCGAACCAGGAGUGCAUUUUGCAGUAGUAACUGAUGGACCGUGGGAUAUUGCCAGAUUUCUCGUACAACAGUGCAUGCUAGAUCAGAUCUGCGUGCCCUUCUGGGCUUCACGCUGGAUUAAUAUACGAAAGACGUUUACUAACUACUACAAACUCAAGUACUAUCCCAAACUGCCUGAUAUUGCUGCCAUGUUGGAGGCUCUAGGCCUCAAAUUCGAGGGAAGACAGCACUGCGGAUUAGACGAUGCAAAGAAUUGUGCGACGAUAGUGGAGACUCUGUUGCGUGAUUAUUGUCAGCCGGAGUUCAAUGAGUUUCUUGAGAAGUACGGAUACAGCUGGCUGCUGGAGCCGAAGCAGAAAGACACAACCCCCAAGCCCACUUCAAAGUGUAGCAAGUGGAGAACUCCACAGAAACAGAUGCAAAGUGCAAUCAACCUGGUGAAUUUGAAUCAGAGAAGUUCCACGGAUGGCCACACCUCUAAUGAUCGGGUCCAAAGCCUUUCUGAUAAGCUAUUAGCAUGUUCGAUACAGGAAAACGACGAAUCACUGAAGAGAUACAAUUACAGCGAAGCCACCCAUGGACAAUGUUGAUGUUUUUACAUUAAACGAACAUAGUUUCAUGAUUCUAUAACUUAGUGUUUUGUGGACCCUUAUUGCUAUUACUUAUAAAUAUUAUCUGACUUUUUAAUGAAAAGUUUGAUUUAAUCAAGACGGCUGCGAUUGAAAGUGCUUCAAUAAAACAUUGAACUCCCCUUAUUCUUAAGCCUUGAAUGUGCCUUAAUGUGAAUCGUUGAUGAAUUUAGAUUUGUAUAAGUUUAUGGACGAAUGAAUUAAUGAAAUAAUUGCGCAAUUAUAACCGUCUGCUGUGUA